AUGGACUCAUUCGAAGCCACCAGCCAGUUUUCCCAGGUGUUGAGGACACUCACGCUGUCGGUUCAGAGUCUUACUCGAGCAGCACACUUUGCCUUAAAAAACAGUGAUUCGGAAGAUUAUUUAUUUCGUGCAAUAUUAGAUGUUAUCGACUCUCCAGAUGUCGACUUGAACUGCAAAUGUUCAGUUUUCCAGCUAGUUGAUGUGUUGUUGCACGAGUCAUACUUUUAUUCGCAGCUGCCGAAGUCCAGUUAUAACUAUCCUUACGUUCACAGUCUCAAAAACGCCGUUCCUUCUUUGAUCCUCAAGGUGCUUCCUGGCUCCAAUAAUCAGAAUCUUUAUAAUGUGUUCACCAGCUUGAAAAAUAUCCUGAAAACCCUCAAAUUGGUUUAUGAGGACUACGAGAAACAGUACAUGUCGGGAAAGGACCUUUUGACCGAAGAAGAUAUGCAGAAUAUUGAACAAGAUGUUCCAUUCAACGAGGACAAUUUUGUGGUUGACGAGUCCGCCGUGGACCCCAUAAUAAAGGCUUGGACUUUGCUCGUUAUGAAGAAAAAACAAGGUCAUUAUGAACGUCUCCGCCUUCUUAAACAUAAACUACACUCAAAUGAUAACGAAAACGACGAGGUGAUGUUUGGUGUUCGAGGACCGCAAAAUGACGACAAGCAAUUACUCACGAAAAAGCAGAUUCUCAUGCGAAUGGAGGACGACCGAGAAUCCCACAAACGGUCCAAAGAGAGCCUUUGGCUUGUCAAUCGUCCUCGAGACACCAAUGUAAUUACUGAAGACGAAUUUUUCACCCAAUACUGGACCAAGAUCAAACCUUUCGACGACGGUGAAAAGGCAUCUUUUCUCCAAAACUUGGACGACCUCAACAAAAUGGUGGCUGCAAGCUACAAAGACAAGCAGUUCUGA